UCCUGAACGUGCAUGUCAGGGGGAUAGAAGUUCCUCUUUCAUACACUUGUUGAUCUUCUUGCAGUUUGUUGUUGUCCAGUCGCUGUUGACAUCAGCUGGCGGCGGUUUUCAAGAGGUUGGAGCGGGACUCUUGAAUUACGUAUUGUGAAGCAACUUUACGCAAUUUAUUGCAAUUAAAUCUGGUAGUAUUUGUACAAGGACUAAAUUGCGUUUGGCAUUUAAACUGGCGAGGCUAUAGAUUUUUAGCCAGUAGCAAUUUUGUAAAAUAGGUUAAUCAAAGUAGAUAGCUAGCUAAGUCGUUAGCAUCAAGCUUAAGAGGGCUGAUCUGUUUGACUUGUACAGGUUUAAAACUGCAUAUCCUUGCUGAGGGCUUAAUUACGGUUGACGCUAGCGUAAAAAACGUUUGUGGAGCCACCGACCGACGUUGAAAGGAGAGGCAGACCUAUUCGCAACUGUACUAGCUCGUUUAUAUCAGGCAAACAUUCACACUGAAGCAAAAUAUGCCACCGAAAAAGCACAAGGACCCUUCCGUGAACAUUUCCAGUUCGCUGGAGUCUGAAGACUUCAGCUUGGAGACGACGGUACCCACAGAGGACAUCUCUUCCUCCGACGAGAAGGACAAAUCUAAGAAAGUCACUAAACAGGUCCUCGAGAGAAAAGAGCUGCUCCACAACCUCCAGCUCCUGAAAAUCGAGCUGUCUCAGAAGAACCUCAUCAUUGACAACCUGAAGGUUGACCAUAUGACAAAGACUGAGGAGCUGGAGGAAAGGCUGAAUGAUGCCCUGCAUCAAAAGCAGCUCUUGGCCCUCCGCCUGGACAGCCAACUGAAGAUGCAGCAGGAUGACAACAGGAAGCAGCAGGCUCUGCGCAAGCAGGACAUGGACGGUAUCCUGUUACGUCAGCGUCAGCUGGAAGAGACUAACCGCCAGCUGGGGGCCAAGGCAGGCGAGCUGCGCCGCAGCCUCAGGGACCUGGAGCUCAGCGAGGAGCGCUACCUGGAGCUCCGGGAACUGCCCGAGGACAAGCUCUCCAUCCCAGAAUAUGUAGCGGUGCGCUUCUACGAGGUGGUGACUCCUCUGAGAUCUCUGGUGACAGAACUGCAGGCGAGGAAGAACAGCCUGGCGGAUGACCUUGAGAGCCACAGAGGUCAACUGAAAUCUCUGAUGGAGAGUUACGAGGAGGAGCGGCGUGUGCGCGGCGAGCUGGAGGUGCGAAGUCAGCGCCUGACCCUGGAGCUGGCCGACACCAAGCAGCUCAUCCAGGACGCAGACUACAAGAGGGACAACUAUGACCGCAUACGACGGGAGAGGGACGUGUUUGAGACGGAGCUGAGGGAGGUGCGUACCAGACUGGAGACGCUGGAUCUCAGCCACACGGCCCAGAGCAAGGAGAGGGGGGAGCUGCUGCAGGAGGUUUCGUCGCAGCAGCAGGCCCUGACGCUGCUCCAGAAAGAUAAGGACUACCUGAACCGCCAGCACGUGGAGAUGAGCGUACGCUGUGCCCACACCGAGGAGCGGCUGGAGAGGCUACAGGUCCAGCUGGACGAUGCCAAGCGGGCACGGGAGGACGCCUACGACAAAUACCUCUCCUCCAGAGACCUGUAUAAGAGUGAAUACGAGGGCAAGUUGAGGGAUGAGCUGGAGCAUAUCCGGGUGAAGACCGGCCAGGAGAUGGAGGGACUGCAGCGCGCCUCCAAGGAGAUGUACGAACGCGAGAACAGGAGUCUGAGAGAGAUGAAGGACAGUGCUUUGCUGGAGAAGGAGAGAGCUGUGAACGCCGAGAGGGAGACACAGGCCAAGCACGACCAGCUACUGGAGCAGUUGAGGCAGCUCCAGGUGGGUUCUGAGAGUCGUGUGUCUGAGAUGCUGAACCAGUUGAAGCUGAAGACGUUUGAGUUGGAGCGCGCUCAGAUGGUGCAGGAGGAGACGGCGCGCUCCCUCAGCCUCUGCCAGAUGGAGUGUGAGAAACACCAGAAGAAACUGGAGGUGUUGACUAAGGAGUUCUAUGAGCUGCAGGGUUCCUCUGAGCGGCGAGUGGUGGAGCUGCAGUCUCAGGUGAGCGAGCAGCAGGUGCGGCUGGAGACCUACGAGAGGCUGGAGGAGGAACUGGAUGACAUCACCAUGCAGGCCGCCGAGAUGGUGAAUGAAGAGGAUGCGGAGAGGGUGCUGUUCUCUUACGGCUAUGGAGCCAACGUGCCCACCACUGCCAAACGCAGACUUAAGCAGAGUGUUCACCUUGCGAGGAGAGUCCUGCAGCUUGAGAAACAAAACACUCAACUCCGAAAAGACCUGGAACGACAGAGCAACCAAACUGGCAAAAUCACUAACGAGCUGGAGAGCGCCAAUCAGCUGCUGGCCCAGGCCCAACAGCCGUACAGCUACCUGAUCGACACAGUCAAGCAGCGGGACGGACAGAUCGACAAGCUGAAGGAGGGCAUAGGCUCACUGGAGACGGAAGUCAGUGCGCUGAAGAGAGAGAGGACUCACCUGCUCCAGGUGAAGAACAACAUGUCUGCUGACCUUGAACGACUCCUCAGCCAUCGUGAGGAGUUGUCUAUGAUGAAGCAGAUGCUGCUCAGCAUGCGAUCCCAGCAGCAGCUGCAGGGUGACUUCCUAGUCCCGCCGGACCCAGGGGCCGUCGCCGCGACAACAGGAGCUUCCAUUCCGCAGCUCCGAAUCAGUCCCGCUCCCGCUCCCGUCAGGGACGGCGACCCGGCCGACCUGCGUCCCAAGCCCACUGUGUUUACAAAGAAAGGAGUUCCAGAGAAAUACAGGAAAGCCAAACGUCCGAUGAAAUGAACAGACUGUUGGAAAUGACUGAAGUCAGUUCUUAGAUGUAAUGGAUGUAAUGUUUUCUAGCCAUCAGAGAUGGGCACAAUGGAUUCAUUAGUGACCUUUACAGUGUAAUGCCACUUAUUCAAAAUGACCUUGUUUAACCUGUCCAAUUCAGCCAGGUGAUCACUCAACCAGCCAAUCCCCUGGAUGAAUUGAACAGGUAAAACCAAGUUAUUUGCAAUAUGUGGUGCUGUAUUGUAAGUAAUGAAUCCAUUUUGCCCAUCACUGCUAGCUAUGGGGGUCGCCAGAGACCAAUGGCAGCAGGGAUCAACCAAAAGACACUUGUGACUGAGUCUUUAACAAAGUCUUAAACAAGAGCAACUGUGUGCACAUCCCACGAUACUGAAGCCAGGUGCAGGACAAAAUUGUGUCAAGAAGAGCGUAGAAGUAUGCACACUGCAAUUUGCUUCCACUCUCUCCUCGAUUGAGCAACUAGCAACCCUGGGACCAGAUACUCCGCUCUCACAUCAGUGUCCCACAGGGGCAGAUUAUGAUUCCAUGGGCCCCUGGGCCAGACAACAAGAAAGGCCCGUCUACAUGGGUUUUCCUGGUUUACAAAAAGUUUCAGGGUUUUUGGCCAGAUGUUUGUGACUCAAUAUUGUUUGGGGUUCAGGGAUAUGUCCCCUGAGAAAAAUCAAAAUGUCCAGUUGUUAAAAGUGUGCUUUUAUCGUAAUAUGAAAAAGGAAAGAAAGGGGAAAUAUAGAGGCUUCUUCAGGUGCCCCUAGAGUCUUGGGCCCCUGGGUCAGGGCCCAGUAGGCCCGUGCUGUAAUCAACCCUGGGUGUCUCGGAAUCAGCGAUCGACCAGCUGUGCGUCCACCAGAGACUGUGACCAGCACGCCAUAGACUAUUUUGAUGAGUACACCUUACACCUUGGACUUUUUAUAUGUGCUGCAAACGGUUUAGAGCUGUGAGAUUUUUUAAAAUAUUGAUCUUGAUCUUAAACUUGAGUUGAGUGUGCUUGACUUGGCAUAAUCUGUGCUUUCACUGAUGCUUUUAUAAUGUUUGACAUUUUAUACAUAUUGUUUUAAAUGUGCAUAUAACAAAAACAUUUGUCUUGGACAGACAUGGAUUGAUUUAUAUUUAUUUGUGAAUGAAUACAUAUUGGUGUAAACAAAA